AGCAGGAAAAGGGAGCGAACAUUUUGAUCUAAUAUUCCUCCACUUUCAGAAGCUGUUGCUGAGGUAAAUAAUAGGAAGGUGAUUAGAUAAACGUUGUUUGUUGCUUAUUGUCGUGAUUCCUGUUGGAGAGGGAAAUGGUUCAGCGCAUGUUAUGCAUAUAAAACGUCCAAACCUUUCAUUCUGUCACUUUGUUUAAAACACUUCAAACGCUCUGACGUGUCAUGAAGGUGAACUCUGUUUAAACUAUUAAACAGUUUGUGGUUUAUGAUUCAUUUGUUGGAUUUGUGAAAACUCACCAAAGGGGGAUUUUAAGGCUGUUUGUUGUUCUUUUGCUUUUGGGGGGGGUUUCGGGAGCUUUCCUUUCAAACUUGUCCUGUAAUAUUUUAUUCUAUAAAAUACAGUUUGCAAUAUGUGAAACUGUUGUUAAAUUUAUUAUAGCAGAACAAAAAACAGCUUAAAAACUAUUGCCACUUGUUUAGUUCAGACCUGGACAGGGUUGCUCUACACUAGGGUUGUACAAUGUGCGGUUAGUGGGCCUUUUGUGGCCUUUGGAAUAAGUUUCUGUGGACCCUUGGUUGCAAUUCAAGAAUGGUGCAGAUUUGGCCCUGCGGUAAGCUGAUAAUUGGCACUCUUUGGAUUUUUAAAAAAUAAUUUUUCUGAUAUAAAUUUUCUAUUAAAAAAUGUUGUUACAACACAGUAGUUUCCUUUGUAUUAUCUGUGAGGGUUUUUUUUUAUUUGGUUAGUAGGAUCGAAAACAUCCGGCACCUUUUUCUUUGACAGCAGGCAGAUGGGCAGCCAUUUGUUGGACUUUUUUACAGCAAGGAUUGUUGAAUAAAAAAAAAAUUCUAAUUAAAAAUAAUUUAUUGAUUUUUGGUGCUAACAUUGAGGAGGUGUUGAUCCAGAAGUGAGCAGCAAGAAUAAGCCAUGGCUGAAGAAGCUGCAAAUGUAGUUCAUCUGCUUAAAGCCCAGAAGGAGACGCUAAUAGACAUUCUCAGAGCGGACGCAGAUUUUGUUGUGCAGUGUGCACAUUCCCGUUCUCUGGUGUCAGAUCGGGGCUACGAGAAGAUUCAAUCGUGUCAAGUUCCUAGUGAAAAGGUUCAAGAACUUUUGGAUCAAGUCAUCUUGAGAGGCUCCAAAGCAGCACAAGGAAUGUUGGACCUGCUGAAGGAAAAACAGAUGCAGGAGACAUUUCCCAGGCUUGAUUUUGUUAAAGAUCUGCGUGUGAGAACACCAUCAUCAGUUGAAGAAUCCGAAUUACAAGAUCCCAUGCCAGCUAAAAAGACCCACCACAAAGGCAGUGGCCUGGUGACAGAGAAGCAGCUGAUGAUUGUGGCUAAGAGCCUUGGCAGUUCCUGGAGGGAGAUUGGCAGACUGGCUCUGGACAUCCCGACUGUGACAUUGGAGCAGAUUGAAGAGGAGAAAAAAACCUUCUCGGAGCGAGUCUUUGCCAUGCUCAACUACUGGCGCAAUCAGAAGAGGGAAAAAGCCACAGCCGCUCACCUGCACUCCCUCCUCAGUCAGGAAAUCUUAGCAGUGCCUCUUGAGAGCAUCAAAUGCCUGCUGGAGACUGACUGAGGUCUUCGCUCAAGAGAGGCUGAGCACUUUUAAAGAAAAUGUUUCUACUGGGGAUGCUUGGGUUUUUUACUAAAAAAAACAAAAGAACAAACUUUUAUGUAAAGACUUGACUAUUAUAUUUUUAUACUUUUGUAUUACUUUUUUUUUUAUUUCUGGGUGGGGGAGGUUUACUAAAUCAUGAUUUAAUAAAUCUAUUGUCUCUGUCAUUCACUUAUUCUCAGAAAAUUACUGAUCAUUCUUCACAAGUUCUUUUAAAUUUAUCAAGCAAAGAAAAUACGUCAAAAGAUUCUCUUAAAAGAAAAAUCUCCAAAAAUAAUGACCUAACACAAUUAUUGGUUGUAAAAUUGUUGGAACUGUAACUUACUCUUUUUAGGUUGAUUAAAAUGGUUACUUCUGAAUCUUUUAACGUUGUGUUGAAUAAAUAGGAUAUAACAUUUA